AUGGCUGCGCCGGCGAGCAAUGGAGAGCGGCCGUGGGCCGAUCUUCCCUUGGAGAUGGUAGAAGCCGUUGUCGAACACCUCGACCUCUUCAGCACGACCCGGCUUGCAGCCGUCUGCACGUCUUGGGCGACGGCCGUCGCCAUGAUCGCCUCGCUGCCGUUUGGUAUGCCGUGCCUGCUUAUGACAAGCGAAGAGGACGAUGCCUACGGAGUUCGCCGUGACGACUACGACGAGUGGACCUUCCAGCUGAUGGCCUUCACGCGCGAGAGAGUGGUCUCGUUCCCGGCACUCAUCUCGAACGAGUGGUGGCAGUGGUGGGUCGGCGCCAAGGACGAUUGGCUUGCCACCGUCGACGAACACGGCUACGCGCAGCUCUUGAACCCUUACACCUGCCAUCAAAUCGACCUGCCGGACAUCACCUCCUUCCCCGACUUCAAGAUCAGGGACAGGUUCUCUAGGAUCGUCGUAUGCGAGACGCCGUCCGACACUGGUGACGACGGCUACCUCGUCAUCGCGAAGGAUACUACAGGCCUUUUGGCGAUCGCGAGAGGUGGCGACGAGAACUGGACGCCAUUGAGGGAUCCCUGGGACCAUCUCUUCGGCUAUACCGAUGCCGUCGUGCACAAGGGCAAGGUGUUCGCCAUCGACACAUCUGGCUCUAUAUACGCCUGGGACAUACGCGACGGUGCGUGCCCCGAGCCGGAGAAUGUGAAGCCGCCCCACGUCGACCGCGACGAGUUUACACACCACUGGAGACUAGCCGAGUCGGCUGACGGUCGUCGCCUCCUCAUCGUCUGCAUCUACGGCAAGCUAGUCGAGUGCCGCCGGUUCUCAACUUACUACGACCACUUGGAGUACCUCACGUUUGCAGCCGAGGGCGUGCGCUUAUACGAGCGGGACAUGGACGGCGCCGCCGGUUCAGACAGUGACGAGGGGUGGAGCCCCGUCACCAGCCUCGGCGACCACUCGCUGUUCCUCGGCGCGAACUACCCGUUCUUUGCUCGCGUUGAUCAGGGCUCAUCAGAUUCAAGCUGGCACCGACUUCGGCCGAAUUGCAUCUACUUCACGGAUAACCAGUUGCAUCGGUGCAAAGAUUUAGACGAGGACGUGGAGGUGUUCGAUCUAGGCGCUGAGAAGUACCCGUACAGUUCAAUGAAGUUGUUCUGGUCUGACCGGUACUAUAGUUACCAGACACCUAUCUGGUUUAGACCUAUGCUCAAGAACUAUGAUUUAGAGUAA